UUGAAUUUUUUGUUUUAUUUUUAUUUGGAUUUUCUGUUCAUGUAAAGGAGCUUAGAUCAUUGCACAGUGAAUUAGUGAUUUUUCUAGCAUGCCUUUAAGAUUCCAACAUCAAACUUGUUUUUAAAUUUCCACUGCUUUAGAUUUGGUUUUCAUAUACUUUUUCAAGAAUUCCAAGCCCUGAGAAAGAGGCCAGCUAGCUUAUAUCGAUUCAUUCCUAUUGUCUUUUUGGAGUUGCAGAUUCUUGAAUGUUGCUAAUUUAUACUGUAGUUGAUAUCAUUGAGUUUUGGUGUAUUAAGAUUGUGUUCAAAGCUAAUUUACCAUUUCAAAAAAAAAAAGAUUAUGUUCAUAGCUUGAAAUUUGUUUGAUUCUAGCUGAAUAUGAUGGGAUUUAUCUCUUACUUGUAUGCAGUAAUCACCAUUGAUUUUCCUUUUUUGGUCGUUGAUAAAGAUUAAUGACUUUCUCCUUUUAUUAAUCCUAGGAAAAAAUCUCAUCCUUCAGUGAAUAAAGUCACCCUUUGACCCUAUUCCUGAAGCAAUUGAGAUAACUAUAUGCAGCGAACAGGAACUGAGUUCUGGAUUAUUGCCAAAUCACUGAGCUUGUCCCCAAAGUUGAUUCCUUUCCCCUAUGGAUCGACUUAGUGAGCUGCCUGAACUGAUACUGGUUCACAUCCUCUCAUUCGUGAACAUGAGAGAUGUUGUCAGAACAGCCAUUCUCUCCAAACGCUGGCGACACCUGUGGUCAACUGUCCCAAAUCUUGAUUUUAGUUAUGAUGAUUUCUAUCCCUAUCAGAAUUAUGUGGACUUUGUGAAUCGGACCUUGCUUUCUCGUGGCACUUCUAAGAUCAGAAGACUUAAAAUUGGUCUCUUUUUAAAUGCUAGUUAUCGUAAAGAUUAUGAUGGAUGGAUUCUGUAUGCUGCAAAGAAUAAUGUAGAAGAGCUCUUCUUAGAAUUUAAUCAAGACUGUUGCUAUUGGUUCCCACCUCAGUGUGUGUAUCGCAAUUCUUCAUUCAAGACAUUGAGUUUGUGGAGCUGCAAGUUUAUACAUGAUGUGCAAAUAACUUGGAACUUGUUGACAAAGUUAACCCUCCGGUUCUCGGUGUUGGGGAAUCAAGAUGUUCAUAAGAUUAUGGUGGGUGCUCCAAAACUGGAAUUCCUUGAGUUGGAUUCAUGCUGGGGCUAUGAUGAUCUGAAUAUUGAUUCUCCUUCUUUAAGAACACUGAUUGUAUGUGAAUGGGAAUCAGUUGAGUUUGAACAUGGUCCCAUCAUGACAAUUUCAGCGCCCAAUGUUCAGACCCUGCGCCUAUCAGGAUUUCUUUAUAGGAAGUGUAUUUUGAUGAAUGUGCAGUCCGUUGUUAAUGCCACCCUCAGUAUUCAUCCGCACACUGGUUUCAGAGGUGAAAAGAAGAACUUAAAAGGGCAGCAGGACAACCUAAUGGAGCUAGUUAGGAGCCUUAAACAUGUUGAGAACUUAACUUUGGGUGCUUGGUGCGUUGAGGUUCUAGCGCUAAGGGAGAAGAAACGCAUUCCUUCUCAAGUUUCAACUCACAAAUGUGUCACAUUAAGUAUACAUAUGAAGGAAGAUGAUCUUUUUGGAACAGUUAACCUGCUAAAAGGUUCACCAGCUCUGCAGAUGCUAAUAAUAGACAUGCAAUAUGUACCCUAUGAACAGCCAAAAGGCGUGGAGCUAGCAGAUUCAAAAAAUUUCUACAAUUCUAAUGGCGCAAACUACUUAGCGUCACAAGUGAAGCACGUUAAAUGUUUGCUGCACCAUUUGAAGACAGUCAAGAUUACCCAGUUUGUGGCAAAAACCUCCGUGUUUCCAUUUCUGGAGUUCAUUUUGAAGAACGGGAAGGUACUAGAGAAUGUAGUAAUCAUAGCAAAAAGGGUAGAUGCAAAUUCACCAGACUACUUGCUAAAAGUUGCUCAAAUAUUACUAAGUCUGCCUAGGGCUUCCUCCCGAGCAGUUGUUACGCUCCUCAACUGACGACAUUAAGUCAUUUUGUAAUUCGAUAAUUCAUCAGCUUGUUCGGAAGCUGCAUGGAUUAUGUUUUAUUUCUGUGGGGUGUCAGACAUCUUAAAUAGUUCAAACAUGUUUUUCUAAAGGUGGACUAAUGCAUUUUGUGAAGGUAAAUGUUUCUCUUUGUUGUAAUAUCACUAUGAUGCUUCUUGUCUCCUGGAUAUUAUAUAUUCUGUUGCCUCAAGUUAAUACUUGAGUAUGUAUAUCCCAUUAGGAUUGUUGUCAAGUCUUUAAA